CGUCCUUGCUGACUGCCAGUUCUCUCACGCCAGAAGCAACUUGCAGUUUCUCAAGUCACUCCUGACACGAAAGAAACAACAACUUUCAAACAGUAGUUCUCAACCUGUGGGUCCCCAGAUAUUUUGGCCUUCAACUCCCAGAAAUCCUAACAGCUGGUAAACUGGUUGGGAUUUCUGGGAGUUAUAGGCUAAAAACAUCUGGGGACCCCAGGUUGAGAACCACUGUUUUAAACAAUAUUGUUAUUGUCAUCUGUAUUGUGUGUUUUAUCUGUGUGUCACUUUUCUAAGGUGAAAUACUAAAAGCAUUUGACAGCAAUUUUAGAAGAAACUGAUGUAAGCUGUUGUACCUGAGAGACCUAAGAAAUACAAGCUGAAAGAAUAAUAGAGCAAAGAGAAAGAAGACAACUGAGAUGUGCUAACCUGGAGAGAUAUCUUCAGAAGGAAAGACGGGGUUAUAAUUGUAGCUAGAACACACUAGCAACAAUCCAGCCCACGCCACCUUGGUCACAUUUAGCUGGACUUAAUGGAGGCUAUUUGGGUGAUGGUGACAUUGCCCUAUGUCACCAAGUGCUAGGAAUGGAAAGCUCACUUCUUAAUGGCCUUACUUGACCCAAUGAGUGUUCCUAAAAUAUUAUAGCUGACCAUGGGGUGACAGUCACUCAGAUGACCAGAAAGCAUCAGCCAGGCCUCCCAUAUGUGGGUGCUUAAACUCUCCAUUUGAAAUCAGUGUGGUUUCCAUGUGGCUUAAUUUGGCUGGCUCAGGUCUUCUUUUAGAGUUAUCCCCUAUUACAAGGUCCAUUUCCCCUCUUUGAAAAUAAGAAAGCACUAAUAAUGACAACAAGAAAUACCCCUCAUUCUGUGAAAGAUUUAUAUCCGGAGAUGUGGAGGAGGAGGGAGGAUUGUAUUGUACCAGGACUUUUUACUGUCAAAAAGACCUGCGAUGAGAAUGAAAGGUUGUUAAGGACCAAAAAAAAAAAAAAAAAGAGUUAUUGCUGCCCUUUGAAACCCCACCUGCUAACGUCAUUGUCAACCACUGGCUGUUUUCAUGUCUCUACAGCUAUAAGAGUGAUCGGUUUCCCUGUAGGUUACUAAGCAGCUCAGCAGGGAGGAGGAAAAGCCCAAAUUGUUGCCGCCUGCUCUUUCCAGUAUGCGGAAGCUGGUGAUUUUGGUCCAAUGCACAAUCCUGCUUUUAAGAGGGUUGUGUCAAGGAGCUCCAUUACGGCCUGAGGAGACGUGGAAAUCUCUGGACAACCCUAGAAACAGGGAAUUGUUUUUCAGAACUCUCAACGCUUAUAUUUCUGGGAAAGACUUGAAUCUCAUAAAGUUUCCAGAUGGUUUCUCAGUUAAUGAUAAACCAAAACCAGUCGCUUUCCAUUCGGAUCCUGUUGCUUCUGCGUACGCAGAUUUUGAAGAACAGAAAAACUUACUUACACAUUAUCUCAAAGACUGAAAAAUGUGUAUCAAGGUGUCUGCUUGCCAGAUUAUUUGGACGCAUCCAUGGAGAAGCGUUUCUAAAUAACUGCCAGGUUGCAGUUUUCUUAACAGUUGCAUCAUGCUAUAUAGAAAUGUAAAGCUCACACUGUAUUUUAUUUGUGCUUGUUUAAAUGUAAAUAAAUUACAAAUGAGAUAAUUACAGCCAACUGGUUGCACUGGAGGACAAUUGAUAAUAAACAUGCGUUAUAAAAUUCUGCGAUUCAUAUGAUUACUAACUGCAAAC